AUGUUUUUCACUUCCUGUUCACAUAUUGUCUGCGCCUCAUGCCGAGCAGAAGGUUUUUCUAUUGAAUAAAAACUCAUAAAAUCAAAUGAUUUAGAUGAAGCUUGUAAAAUGUGUUCAAAGUCCUGCAAACACGUUGCGAUAGGACCAGGGAUGCCACAGAAUAUAGCAGUAAGUUCUUCAGACUGCAUUCAAAGGAGAAAAAAAGAAAAAGUUGAGGAUUUAUUCCGAAAUCCCAAGGACCUCGCAGCGGAAGUCUACCAAAAGCUCCUGCGCGUCGUCGCCUUCCAGAAGUUUCACCGCGAACGAAUCGAGGAGUAUGAUAAGAGAGCAGUUGCGUGAAUAUGAGCAAAUAAUAACCCUAUUAACGAAAUAAGCCGCGUUUUGAAUUUUUUCGUAAACUUUUAGACUAAUAUAAAAAUUGUUUGAACCAUUCCGUGCCAGCUUGUCACGAUUUUUUUUUCCUCCGAGUUUCAAAAUGAGUCCGCCCGAGCGCGCGGUCUGUUUCUGUGGAUGCGAAUUUAAUUUGGCCUGUAAUUUUCGUUGUAUUAAAGGCGCAUGAACAGGGAAAAGCCGCGCAUUUCGAAAGGAAUGGGUACUGUAGCUCAAAGAAAACAAAAAUCGUGACAAGCCGGUGCGGAAUGAGCUACAACUGCAAACAGUUGGACUUAUCUGCGCAUUCUUUCCUCUCAACGGCUCUUUAUACUACUUUCAUUUUUCCAUGAUUGCGCUGGCGAGAAGGCAGCCAGAGAGGAAAAUGUUUUGUGGCGAUUUUUUAGAUUUAGACGCAGAUCGGCUAUAAAAUAGGACAAAGUUUCAGAACACGAUGCGAACUGAGCAUAUGAAAAAAGCCAACGAAAGUCUACAGCAAAUAGCGGCGCAAAAAAAGUUUGCAACAAAAAAGUUUAACAACUUUCCCCGAUGUUUAGAUCAACCGAAGAAAAUUCAGCUAAACUGAGGAGAAAACUUGAAAAGGAGCAGAUGGAACUGAAAGCUUUAGAAGAACGGUUGGUUCCCUUUUUUCAAAAAAUUUCACUCCUUGUUUUUCAGCUUAGCAGCCGAAGAGAAGGUCCUGCAGGAAAUGAAAGAGAAGGCGGGGGAAUUUCUUGACAACGACGGUUCGUGUUCAUCAAUUCUUAAUAUAAGAAAGAUUUUGUAGACAUCCAAGUGAUUGAAGUCGUCCAAACAGCAACACCCAGCAGAACUACGCCCAACUUCCAAAAAAUGGUACUAGUAGAUCGAAACUCGUGACGAAGGUUUGCUCAGAGAUCUGAGGCCCAGUCUCCCUACAAAAAGACACCAGUGUCCGUCCAGCGAGAGUUCCAGCGAAUGAGCGUCCAUCAGAGGGAAGUUACACCAAGUCUUUCGCGGAGGACCUCCCGAGACGCUUCCAGCUUCUCCAACACCAUCUCCUCCAACACGUCCUCUUCGAGCAACCAUUUCGCGAAUCUCCUAGCGAGUCAGCAAUUCCGAAAGGUUGCUCCAUUUGCCUAUUAUCAGACUUGUGCGAGGGCCGGCCCGUCAACCUCUCGGCCACUUUCCAAGCCCGACCCCCCCCUUUUUCGCUUUUUUUAACGAGAAAAAGUGGUUUUUUGCAUGUUUUUUUCUCAUAGAGUUGUUAGAAACUAUUAUUCAACAAGUAAAAAAAUUAAUUUCCGUGGAAUUUUUUUAAAAUGAAGUUUAAAAUUUCUUUUCGAAGCCCGGCCUGGCCCGAGCCCACGCGUUUCUUUUUCUAUGUGUGCUAUGACAAAAAAAGCAUUUUUGAUAUUUUCAGAAAGACUCGCCGAGAGUUCUGAUGAGCGUCUCACGUCGGAGCUCUGCGGAGAGAAGUAGCUCUUCAGCAAAUAAUUCAAAUCCAUCGAAGAAUGUAUUCAAGUAACUUCAUUUAUUCAUUUUUAAGUCUGAGAAUCUUGCCAUAUAAUAAAUUUUUAUUCGUUUUUUCCUGCUAGUUUUUCAAUAAUCAUAAUCCCUCAAACUUGUAUUGUAGAAGUUGAAUAAUGAGGUAGACAGGGAAAGAACAAUCAUAAAAAAAAAGGAGAAAAAACUGUCUUGGAGAAAAAAAAACAGGCUUUCUUAUAAUCGAAUCAACCAAAAAAAAAAACUUAAUUUUUCAGAGAGAAUAUGAUAAUAUGAAUGUGAAUUCCAUAUGCCUUACAGAGUUUCAAUUCAUUCGGAAACAUGGUUCCAUAUUUAGAGGUGAAAACAUUUUUCAAAAAUUAAAAAUUGACGUAUUUUUUUUUUUGAAACAGCUCGGAAGUUUUACUUCUUCAAGCUCAAGACCUAUCUGAUCAAGUUUGAAGCUUUUAUUUUUUAGUGAAGAGAUUUUAACUUGACUUUUUUAUUGUCCAUUUCAUUUUUAAAUAUGUUUCGAAUGAGAAAACGAGAUGAAAACGCGGGAUCUCGAGUGCCAGCACUGUUUGUACAAGAUGAAGGGACGGCGAGACGGAAAGCGCCGAUCUGAAAAAUGCUCGUUCCCUUCUGCUGGCUGUUUUGUCUUCUCGGCUUCUUCGCAGUUUUUCCAUGCGCCUUCGCAAGUUACGCAGAAACUAAGCUUUUUGCCGAUCUUCUCAAAGGUAGUGGACUUUGGCGGCGUGAAGAGAUAGAAAUGGGAAAUUGAGGCUACAACCCGCAAGAAAGGCCCGUGCGGAACGCGUCCCAAGCCCUCGUAGUCAAAAUAAAGCUCUUCCUUCAGCAGAUUCUCGAUGUAGACGAACAGAAUCAGAUCGUUUCCGUCAACGCCUGGCUCAGUUAUGUAAGUUUGCUUUUUGUGUCUCGAAGAAAUGUUUUUCAGACAUGGUUCGACUACAAACUGCAGUGGGAUCCUGAGAAAUACGGAGGAAUCCAGGUUUUUGAUCAUUUUUUUUUCGAAAUGACUUGAAGUUUUGAAGGAUGUUCGUUUUCCUGGAUCAUCAGAUCAUAUUUGGAAACCAGAUAUACUGCUUUACAACAGGUUGAUCUCCCCAAACCGAAUAUUUAUUGUUUUCUCACACAUUUCAAGCGAUUAUUGAUUAUUUUUUCACACAUUUCCAGUGCGGCCGAAGAUUUCGAUUCGACUUACAAAAGCAAUCUGGUUGCUUACAACACAGGAAACGUCGUUUGGAUCCCUCCCGGAGUCCUUAAGUUUGUAUGUCAACUUGAUGUUACUUGGUAAUUUAUAUCAACGUUUUUUGAAGAAAAAAAGUCUUUAGGUUUCCAUUCGACGAUCAGAUUUGCGAAAUGAAGUUUGGAUCGUGGACUUUUCAUGGUUACGCCAUCGACCUACAAAUAGAUGACGCUGAAAAUUCAAGUUUACUUUUUAUUUAGUUUUAUUUUCUGUCAAUAUUAUGUGGGGUCAGACCCUAAACUCCUAUGAGAACCACCUUAAUUUUCCCUCUUCAGGGGCCACUUUUUCGACCUCUAUAGGAACUGAUUUUCCCCCUAACCCCUAUAGGGAUCACUCUGGAAUUCCUAAGUGAGUAAGCGACAAUGAGACCACGGCCAUUAUCACUUUCGAAGAACUAAAUUAAAGAUAUAUGCCAGACUAAAUAUGAAAUUAACAUAAAAAAGCUCCUAAUUUUAGAUUGAACCAAAAUUUUAAAUUUUCAAGCUUGGUUGAAGUUCAAAAUUUGAUUCAUUACCUGAAAGCUUCGAAAAGUGUUUUAAUAAAAGUUGACCGAAAAAAAUUUAAUCGAAGAAGGACCUUUUUAGAAAAUCAAAACCAGAGUUUUCCAGCGCAUGUUUCAAAAGACGGUCUCCACUUGAACUUUCAAAACGAUUCUGUCAUAAACGAGAAAAAAUCAAAAUAUUUUUAAUAAUCUUAACUAGACAGUAAUUUCCAGCGAACGCAAUGGACCUUUCAACGUUUUUGGUGAACGGAGAAUGGAUCGUUGUGGAUUCGCCCGCCGAGCGGCAGGUCAACUACUUCAAGUGCUGUCCGGAGCCCUACCCCACCGUCAAAUAUUUUCUCCAUAUCCGCAGAAGAACUCUCUACUAUGGUAUCCUUUUCGUCCCUCACCAAAGAGUGUCUCUUCAGGAUUCAACUUGAUUAUACCAUCUCUCCUGAUUUCUUUGAUGGCCAUUCUGGGGUUCAUGUUCCCGCCCGACGGCGGUGAGAAGAUAACGCUAGGUAUGACUUUUUGGGGUUUAAAUUUGAGUGAAUGUAUCAGCCGCAUAUCUCCCCCAAGAGAAUAUGAAAUAAAGCAGGUUUACAUUCAUUUUUAUGAGGGGUCUGUGCGCGGUGAACAUUGAUUUAUAUGCAUUGAGGCUUUUAUGAUAGAUAGACCUAGGAGAGGGUGCUCCAAAACAAAAGAGAAAAUCAGCUAAGCUCCAUAGGGUACCGAAAAAUAAUUCGUCAAAGUUUUGCCGGCGCGAAUAUGGCCGGGCUCGGAGUGCACAGCCAGCUUCUGGGAGCGUGGUGAAGAGGUAGUGCUCUUGAAUGACGCUGACGCUAUGCUAGGUUCGAUUCCUCUUGACGUGACACUUUUUGCUAUUUUUUUUAGUACUCCUACACUCUAUUAUCAAACAAAAACAGCAGAAAACCUCGGUACCCUAUGGCGCUUAGCAGAUUUUCCCUUUGUUUUGGAGCACCCUCCCAUAGGUCUAUCUACCAAAAAGCCUUAAUUCAUAACUUAAUGUUCACCGCACACCCACGUCUUGUUAGGGCAAAUUUUUUGAAGAUUCCAACGCUAUUUUCAACUUUUUCUCACAGAAGUGACCAUACUUCUGGCGAUCGUCUUCUUUCUGAGUAUGGUAUCUGAAAUGACGCCGCCGACAUCAGAAGCCGUGCCUCUGAUCGGUUUCCGACUGAUGAAUGAUGAAUCUUGAACUUGUGUCUAGGCGUAUUUUUCUCGUGUUGUAUGCUGGUCGUGAGCGCGUCUGUCGUUUUCACUAUUGUCGUUUUGAAUCUGCAUUUCCGAACUGCCGAUUCUCACGUAAUGAGCCCUGUGGUUGGUUUUUUUUUUGUCUUACAGUGUUCACUGUUAUCUGAGCAUCAUGUCUUCCACCUUAAAAAUCCAAUUUGUAGAUCAAACAUGUUCUGUUGGAGUUUCUACCGUGGCUUUUGUGCAUGUCGAGACCGGGAUAUGAGUUCGUCCGAGGUUCAGCUAUCGACAAGAUUCCUCCGCUUCCCAAAGCCCCAGAAAGCCCUUUAAGGUAAAAAAAAAAAGCUCAAAACUUGUCGUUUUUUCAUUCAAAUGGAUUAUGGAUUCUGCGGAAUUUUCUCAACUUUUUUCUGGUUGCUACAGUUCAUGACUGAUAUGAUAGUCAAAAUAACUUUGAAGUUUUCAAAAUUUAUCCACUGACCGGCUUUCAGACCGGACCUUCCAACGCAUCAUCCCGUCUACGAAGCGCAGGUUCUUCUGCUCCAGUCAAUUCACAAAGAGUUGCGAAAGGUAAUUUUUGAGAAAUCUAGUUAUCAGAGAAAAACGAAUUUUUUAAAAAACAGAUCAAGCUUUUUGUGAUACAAAUCUUUAUAAAAUCACAUUUUUGUUUCAAACAAAAGGGGUUCUAUAAGUUUUCUUGUCGGUUUGAAACUGGUGUUUCUGGAAAAUGAAUAAAUAAACUUAGAAACUCCACAGAGAUCCCUAAGGACCCUCGAAGGGUCCCCUCUAGGAAUCUUUUUAACAACCCCUAUAGGGUCCCUGAAGCUUGCGAAAGUGGUCCCCAUAGGGGUUUUAGUUAGUGGUCCCUAAAGGGGACAUGCUAGUCGUUAUUUGUUAUGAACUUUAUGUGGAGAUACAUUUCCAGGCGAAAAAAUAAACAAAUAAGCGUUUUUUGAAUGAAAUUGAGAGACCCCUCUAGGGACUACUGAAGCUAUAGGGGCUAAGGGGUCAGACCCUAAACCUCUAUAAGAACCACAUUUUUCGGUCCCUAUGGGGCUGUUUUUCUCCCUAACCUCUAAAGGGACUACUCUUAUAUUCCUAAGAAAGUCAGGCGUCACAAGAUUUCAGGGCACAAAAUAGUCCUAGCCGCUUCCCUUUUUUCCGACAAAGAGCACCUCAAAGAUCAUUGUGAAAAACUUUAUAAUUUUGAAACUUCAUUCUCGAAAAGUUUUGUAUUUUUGUCCAUCAUGGAAAAAUAUUCGAAACAAACGCCAUGACUUUCCGAACAGAAUGACUUGACAGGUGGUGGCGUUCUACACGAAGGAGGAGAAGGACGAGCAAACGCAGCAGGACUGGCGGUUCGCGGCGAUGGUCGUCGACCGCGCCUGUCUCAUCGUCUUCACCUUCUUCAUCGUCCUCUCCAUCCUCGCCAUCAUCCUUUCGGCCCCACAUCUCAUUGCAUGA